AAAUGAUGUGAUUACAUUUGCAGGGCUUUGUCAUUCUUAUGAAUACAUGUGUGCCAACAAACGUUGUAUAUUCCACUCACUGAGCUGUAGCGAGUAUGACCCUUGUGGUGACCAAUCAGAUUGCCUCAUAUCUCCUGCUGCUUAUGCAGCGAUAGCUCUUGGUGGACUAUGUACACUUGGUGUAAUAAUUGUAAUAAUCUAUAUCAUCGUGAAGAGCAGGAAAGCAUCAGACUGGAGUUCUAGGGACAGACAACCGAGGAAAUUUUCACCGGCGAAGGCAUUGCAGAGCGUCCAAGCCUUUACACCAGCAACAUUGAACAUUACACCGAAAAGAAGAUGGAGCUACAAGUAUUAAAAUCAUUAUUGCCAUGUUUAUAGACAACUAAUUAAACAAUGGACAUUUUUCAAACAUCAUUAGCUAUUUUUCAGACAUUAAGGACAUAAAAACAACAACAUAAUUAAAAAACAUAAAAGAUCCGGUUACUUGCGUUUGGUUAUCUUUGUACAGACUAAAGCAAGAAAUUGUUGCAUGAUAUAUUCACUCAUGAGCAAAGGUCAAUCACUCAGUAACUGAAAACCUACUUGAUAUAAUUGUAAUUAAACUUAGUUUAU